UCAAUUUCACAAAAUUGACCCUCAUGACUGGUUUUGUGCUGCAGUCACAUGUUAUUACUGUAACUAGUCGCAGCCCAAAACGGACAAGCACUGUAACAACGCCAUCCUGGAAACCAACUUCUAGCAUAAAAAACACUUAAUUUCACAAAACUAAGCUGAUAAAUCUGAAAUCCUGCAGCUCUUCAUCUGUGGAUGUAAUCAGCACUGAUGCUUUCUAUUGUUGUGUUUUUUUUAAAGCGGCGAACAAACGCGAUAUCCAACGCUAUAAUAAAUGUUUAUAUGAGAAGCAGCGCUUCAUCUCAGGCCUAAAACAUCAUCAUCAUCAUCUUCUUCAUCUUCGUCGCUGAUGUGAAGCUGCGGCGUUAAAAGCAAUAAACAGGAAAUCGCUCGUGUUCCGGAGGAAGAGGAAAUAUUAAUCCCCACAAACUCAUCAACUUCCACAUCCGGCGGACGCGAUCGCGCGGAAUGUAGUGUCUUACCGUGAGAACAGAACCGGAACCGAACCGAAUCCGUUAGAAACGAAACAAUAAUACAGCCGCGGGCACGAGCGCGGGGGCGCGCACACAGGCUCCAGUAUCAAGAGAAUGAAACGAUCGAGAAACACCUCCACCCUCUGCUGCAGCUGUGGCUGUUUCAUAUUAUUACUCAUUUUGUGCAGUGUAUAUUGUAUGGUGAUUUCGUUAAACUCUUGUAAAGCGGAGUGUCUGCGGAGCGCAUGCGCACUGACUCAAGCGCAGGAGACGCAACAUUGUAUCUUCUCAUUUCCGGAAUAUGAGCUGAAAUGCCGUCUGUGUCCACUGGAGUGAAGGAUCUGUAUCUGUCCUCAUCACUGAGCGAUCUGAACAAGAAAGCAGACAUCAAACCAGAUAAAACCAGCACCAGACACUACGUCCAGAGCGCGUGCAAGAUCUUCAAGGCGGCGGAGGAGUGUCGUCUGGACCGCGACGAGGAGAAAGCUUAUGUGCUGUACAUGAAGUACCUGUCGGUCUAUGACCUCAUCAAGAAGAGACCGGACUUCAAGCAGCAGCAGGAUUUCUUCCUGUCUAUGCUCGGACCAACCAGCUUUAAAAAGGCCAUCGAGGAGGCAGAGAAACUUUCAGAGAGUUUGAAGCUCCGGUCAGUGUUUCACACACAAACACACACACUCACUCAGACUCUCUCACACGAAUGCUCUCGUGUGCUGCUAAUGCUCAGGGUGACGGUGAACCAGAUCCAGCUGAAGCUCCCUGCAGAGUCUCUGGAGGACUGGAAGCGCCGCGGCUUCGUGGAUUACGUGGUUCUGCUGGACUGGUUCAGCUGCGUCUCUGAUCUCAAACUGGGCACCACUCUACAGAGUCUGAAGGAUGCUCUCUAUAAGUGGGACAGCAGCACGAUCCUGCGCAGUGAGCCUCUGGUGCUGGAUGGAGGAUAUGAUAACUGGCUGCUCUUUUACCCAAUGUACAGCAGCAACGCUAAAGUCAAACCCCCCCGACAGCAGACGGCCAGCAGCCUGCCCCAGCUGAACUUCUCGUACCCGUCGCUGGAGGAGCCUGAAGCCGUGAGUGUGUGUGAGGAGCCUGCAGACGCGCAGCUGAACGGCAGAACCGUGGAUCCGGAGCCGGCUGUAAACACCCCCGUGCCGCUCACACAGCCCACAAUGACAGAUGCCGCCGCCUCGCCCCGACACACUCCACAGGUCGACCGGUCCAAAAAACCAGCCGUCAAACCGGCAGCGAGCACAAAGCUCAGCAAGGAACCUUCGGUAAGCGAUGGCCCCGCGGCACACAACGGCCCCGUCGUGCCCGACCGCUCCGGCAAACCCCCGCUGGACCCUUCCAGAGCUCUGAGCGAAGAGGAGCGCAGGGAGAUCCACGCAGAGACCCUCAGUCUGAUGGAGAAAGCCCGCAAAGAGCAGGAGCAGCGCAAACGAGCCCUGGAGGAGAGAGAGACGGCCGAGAGACAUCAGCGAGAACAGAGCGAGAGGAAGAAGGAGGAGGAGGAGAAGCAGGAGAGGAAGAAGCUGGAGAGACAGACGGCAGAAGAGGAGGAUCAGGGAGAAGCCAGAGACGAGAAGAACAGGAGAGCACAGAAGGACGUGCCGCUGGACGCUGCCAUGAAGAGUGUGUCUCUGGAUUCACCUGCAACCUUCAGCACUAGGGAGUCUCUGACACGAGCACACAGUGAGGAGAUGGGCCGAACCGUCCCUGGGCUGCCAGACGGCUGGAUGAAGGUAAGAGCAGCAGCAGUUUCGCUGACCGCUGCUGCUUACACUAAGGUGGAGAUCGCUCGGCCGUCUGCGGCUAAGAUCCGGAACCUGAACCCGGUGUUUGGAAGUCAGGGGCCGUUGCUAACGGGCCUCCGUAACCUCGGCAACACCUGCUACAUGAACUCUAUCCUCCAGUGCCUGUGUAACACCGUUGCCAUGGCAGACUAUUUCAACAGGAACAUCUAUCAGGACGACAUUAACCGGGCCAAUAUUCUGGGUCACAAGGGCGAGGUGGCCGAGGAGUUCAGCAUCAUCAUGAAGGCGCUGUGGUCAGGACAGUACAAAAUGAUCAGCCCGCAGGAUUUUAAAGGCACCAUCUGUAAAAUCAACAACCGCUUCUCCAGCUACGAGCACCAGGACUCUCAGGAGCUGCUGCUGUUCCUCAUGGACGGCCUGCACGAGGAUCUCAAUAAGGCGGAUAAACGGCGCGGGUAUAAGGAGGAGGACAUCGAUCAUCUGGACGACGUGAGCACAGCAGAGCUGGCCUGGUCCAAACACAAGCUGCUGAACGAGUCCAUCAUCGUAGCUCUGUUCCAGGGUCAGUUUAAGUCCACGGUCCAGUGCAUGAGCUGCCAGCACAAGUCCCGCACCUUCGAGACCACACUCUCACACACACGCACACUCUCCUGCCGCCUGCUGGUGUGA